AAACAAACGAGCAUCGUAAACUGGAGCGAGAGUGUUAAGUGAACAAGGGGAAAACAGUGGUGCAUUUAUGCAGAAAUUAUGCAGGUAAAGUGACCGGAAUGGCCGUUUAUUCAGUGCACUGUGCAGUGCUGGUGGUGCUGCUGGCGGCCCAAGGGGGCGCCGUCCCCGGCACCUGGACCAAACAAAGAGACGAGCCACUUCCGGCCGCCGAUUUCCACCGGCACUCCGUCAUCAGGCCCCGGAUGUACCAUGGCCGCUACGGGCGCCAUCUGCCGGACACCAGGACGCAGAAUGGCCGCCACCAGCAGCACAUUGUCGUCGCGAUGGAACUGGGCGGGGCGGAGGCGUGGCUCGACUUGACGCUGAACCAGCGCCUUCUGGCCAAAGGGUUUUUCCAUCGGCGCCAAGUGAAUGGCAGUCGAGUGGUGGAGCGCCCCAAUGAAGAGGAAAUCAAUCACUGCCACUAUGUGGGCAAAGUGCGGGGCAGGCCCGAGUCAUGGGCGGCGCUGUCCACGUGCCACGGGCUGCAGGGCGUGGUCUUCGACGGCCACGAGCUGCACUACGUGGAGAAGGGCGGCCCCCACCACUUGCUCUACGCGCAUUCCGACCUGAGGGAGCACAACAAGACUUGCGGCUACAGGGGCGCGGCCGCCGGCCCCGCCCACGCCCAUUCAUCGACUGAUAACCGCAUUCUGCGGUAUAAGCGCUCGAGUGACAGUGCGACUGUCAUUCGCGGCCCCUACAACGCCAACCGCGACUCCAAAUACCUGGAGUUGGUGCUGGUGGUGGACAAUCGCGAGUUCAAGGAGUUGGGCGAGAAUCAGCGCCGCGUGGUGGACCACUGCAAAACCAUCGCCAACAUUAUCAACGGGCUGUACGCGCCGCUGAAUAUCUUCAUUGCAUUGGUGGGCGUGGUCGUGUGGAGCGAGCACGACGAGAUCAUUUUCUCGCUGAAUGGGGACACCACCCUGGCCAACUUCCUGCACUAUCGCAAGAACAAGCUGCUGCUCGAGCAUCCCAACGACAAUGCGCAGCUGCUGACGAAGUUCAACUUCGAGCAGGGCGUGGUCGGCAAGGCGCUCAAGGGCCCGAUGUGCACGUUCGAGUACUCGGGGGGCGUGAACAACGACCAUUCGCCGGUGGUGGGGCUGGUGGCCACCACGAUUGCGCACGAAAUGGGCCACAACUUCGGCAUGGAACAUGACACGGUGGACUGUCAGUGUCCGGAGGAGCGCUGCAUAAUGGCGCCCAGUAGCUCGACGGUGGCGCCCACCCAUUGGUCCUCCUGCAGUCUGAACUAUCUCCUGCUCGCUUUCACCCAUGGCAUGGACUACUGUCUGAAGAACAAGCCGGAGUUUCUGUUUGACAGCCCGGUGUGCGGCAACGGGUUUGUGGAGCCGGGCGAGCAGUGCGACUGCGGCAUGUCGCAACACUGCGAGAAUCCCUGCUGCGACUCCGCCACCUGCAUGCUGCACGCCAACGCGAGCUGCGCCACCGGCGAGUGCUGCGAUCUCAGUACAUGCAAGCCAAAGGGGGCGGGCACCGAGUGCCGCUCCGCCCAAUACGAGUGCGACCUGCCCGAGUACUGCACCGGCCAAUCAGAGUUCUGCCCGCCCGACAUUUUCAAGAUGGACACCGAGAGGUGCGACGAGGGCCGCGCCUUCUGCUACCACGGCUUCUGCCGCACCAGAACCGACCAAUGCAAGCUGCUGUGGGGCGACACUGGCAAGAGCAGCGACGACCAGUGCUACGACAUGAACACCAAGGGCAGUCGGCAUGGCAACUGCGGCUACAACAAGUUCAACGAGUCGUUUGCCAAGUGCGAUCGCGAGAGCGUGCUGUGCGGGAUGCUGCACUGCAAGCACUUGAACGAGCGGCUGGAGUUCGGGAUGGAGUCGGUGGCCAUUUUGUCGCACAGUUUCAUCAACAAGAAGGGCUCGAUCAUUCCGUGCCGCACCGCCAUUGUCGACCUGGGCACCAAUCAGAUUGACCCGGGGAUGACGCCAGAUGGCGCCAAGUGCGGCGAUGGCAAGAUGUGCGUCAACCAGCGAUGCAGGGACGUGCUCAGCUUGCGCAAGCAGUCGCCGCACUGCGACAAGGAUUGCCACGGCAACGGCUGGUGCAACAGUCUCGGCCACUGCCAUUGCAAGGACGGCUUUGCGCCGCCCCUUUGCGAGUAUCCAGGGCCGGGCGGGUCUGAGGACAGCGGCCCCGCCUCCGACCCCAACGCCCACCAGGGCGUGGUCGUGGCGAUGUUCAUCAUCUUCUUGGGCGUGGUGCCCAUGGUGGCGCUGACCGCCAUCCUGCUCUACUACGCCCGCUACAAUCUGAAGCUCAGCUGGCCGAAGGCCCCGACCACUGCCACGUCGAAGUCGCCCAGCAAGGGCAGGGGCGUGGCCUUCGGCUCCGAGCCGGCCAAUCACUCGCUGCUGCACGAAGAGUCGCCGCCCCCUGCCGGCCUGCACAACGAGUUCUUCGGCAACUUCAAGGGCUUCAGCCUGACGCCGAUGAAGGAGGCGGAGCCUGCGGCGCCGGCCCCCGCCCUCUCCAUCAGCAGCCUCCUGAGCCGCCCCGUGCAGAAGAUCAACUCGUUCCGGCGGGGCGGCGGCAGYAGUGCAGGGGCGGCGCCCGCGCUGCCGCCCAUGAACCAGCCGCGCCCRGUGAUUUCGAGCCCGGUGCUCGAGAGCUCCACCUCCAGCGCCAAGGAGCUGAUCUCGCCGCUGAGGAACGCGCCCAAGGUGCCGGUGCGGCCGGCGCCCGGCGCCCCGGACGUCGCGCCCAAGACCGCCAUCAAUCGCAUAGCGUCGUUUCUGAAGCCGGCCGAGAGGGCGGCGCCCGAGAAGGCUGCGCCCAAGAAGCCGCUCGACCGGACGGCGCUGCGCACGCUGCAGAUCUCGGACCCGGUGCCGCAGACGCACAUUGACAUCGCUGUGACGGCGCUGCCGGUGGACGCCGCCAAGAGGGCGGUAGUGCUGCGCGCCCAAAGCAUGCGCGCCAAGCCCAAGGAGCGCCCCGCCAUACAGACGUUCGGCUCGAUGCGCCAGCCGGCCGGCUACAAGCGCCCGCUCAGCUUCGCGGCCGUCAGGCCCAAAAGCCCGCCGCCGCCCGCGCCCCAGCAGCCGCCCCCUGCCCUGCAGCCGCCCAAUCAGUACGACGACGUGAUGGAGGGGGGCGCGUCGGGGGACAACAUCUACGCGGUGAUUGACGAGACGCCCAAGGAGAGCAAGCCGAAGGAGGACGCCCAGGGCCUGCUGGGGGAGAUCGUGUCCGAGAUCCAGAGCCGCAACUUCGACUCGAUUUACUCGACGUCGACGCUCGACCGGAAGAAGGAGGAGGCGCGGCGCAGGCGGGAAGCGGAGGGCGCCGCCCCCGCCGCUGAUUCGUCCGAGUACACCAACAUGGGCAGCCACUUGAGCACCAGCUCGAGUGGGGGCUACAUCCUGCCGUCGGCCGUCAACGCCCCGAGUCCGCCCCAUGCGCCCAAGCCGAAGGAGCCCGCGCUCAGCUCGUUCAGGCGCGACGCCUCGACGCGCCCGUUCAGCAACAGCGCGGACAAGGCGCCCAAGCCCAAGGCGGCGGCGAAGGGGCGCCGCCCCUCCCCGGCCAAGCGCUCGGUGAGCAACAGCCCCGACCUGGUGACCAGCUGCAGCGCCAAGCCUGCGCCCAAGGGGCCGGACGUGCUGGCCAAGGCCAAAGUGAACAGUGGCGUGCGCCCGGUCAAGCCCCCGGUGGCCGCCAAGACGGCGUCGAUUGGCGUGAAAAAGGCGGCGCGCUCCAGUUCGAGCGUGGCAACGUUGCAGCGCAAGUUCGAGGACAAGAACAGCGCCAAAACGGCGCCCAAGGUAAAGUCAUAGUGGCAACAUGGCGCCGCUGUUGCCCUGUUGCCGCGCAUCAUUUUUUGUACAUACAACCAAAGAUUAUUAUUCUCGUAAGACGACUUAUUUGUAAUAUACUUUAUUUAUUAAAAAUG